AUGGGGUCCUGGGUGGAAUUAGCCCAGAGGUUGAAAUCCCCAAGUAGCAGGAGGUGUUUGGUUUUCAAGGUGUACGUCGAGAUGAAUUCGGUGAGAGAGGAACCUCAGACUGUGAGGGACGGUGCCGUCCUUCCAACAGAGAAGAGGUUUUCCUGUACUGAGUGCGGGAAGAGUUUCCAUUCUAUAUCCAAAUUUGAUGUGCAUAAAAGAACUCACACGGGAGAAAAACCAUAUUCCUGUCCUGAGUGUGGAAAUAGUUUUUCUCAAAAGUCUUAUCUUCAAAUACAUCAGAGGUUCCACACAGGUGAGAAGCCGUAUUUUUGUCCUGAGUGUGGAAAAAGUUUUUCACAAAAUUCUAAUCUUAAAAAACAUCAGAGGCUCCACACAGCUGGGAAACCAUAUUCCUGUCCUGAGUGCGGGAAUUUUUUUUCACACAAGUCCACUCUUUACAGCCAUCAGAGGUCUCACACAGGGGAGAAACCUUAUUCAUGUCCUGAGUGCAGCAAAUCUUUUUCACGAAAGUCCCAUCUUUACAUACAUCAGAGAUCUCACACGGGGGAAAAGCCAUAUUCCUGUUCUGAGUGCGGGAAAUGUUUUAUACAAAAAUCAGAGCUUGUCACACAUCAGCGAUCUCACACGGGGGAGAAGCCGUAUUCCUGCCCUGAAUGCGGGAAAUGUUUUUCAAAGAAGUUCAAUCUUAACACACAUCAGAGAUUGCACACAGGGGAAAAGCCAUUUUCCUGUCCUCAGUGUGGGAAAUGUUUUUCGCAGAGGUCCAAUCUUUACUCGCAUCAGAGAUCUCACACGAGGCAGAACCUACUUUCUUGUCCUGAGUGAGGGAAUUGUUCCUCACUGAAGUCCUGUC